CUUCCGGGGGGCCUCGGGCACCCCUUCGCCCGCCUCACGCUGAAGUUCCUGGCCGUGCUGCUGGCCGCGGGCAUGCUGGCGUUCCUCGGUGCCGUCAUCUGCAUCAUCGCCAGCGUGCCCCUGGCGGCCAGCCCGGCGCGGGCGCUGCCCGGCGGCGGUACCGACAACGUCUCGACCGCCUCGGGAGCCUCGGGCGCCGCCGCCGCAUCCCCGGGCCCGCAGCGCAGCCUGAGCGCUCUGCACGGGGCGGGCGGUUCGGCCGGGCCCUCCGCGGCACCCGGGGUACCGGCGGCCAGCGCGUACCCGCUGCCUCCCGGGCCGCUCUUCAGCCGCUUCCUGUGCACGCCGCUGGCCGCCGCCUGCCCGUCGGGGGCCGAAGCCGGGGACGCGGCGGGCGAGCGCGCCGAGCUGCUGCUGCUGCAGAGCACCGCCGAGCAGCUGCGCCAGACGGCGCUGCAGCAGGAGGCGCGCAUCCGCGCCGACCAGGACACCAUCCGCGAGCUCACCGGCAAGCUGGGCCGCUGCGAGAGCGGCCUGCCUCGGGGCCUCCAGGACGCCGGGCCCCGGCGCGACACCAUGGCCGACGGCGCCUGGGACUCGCCGACGCUCAUCCUGGAGCUGGAGGACGCGGUGCGAGCCCUCCGGGACCGCAUCGACCGCAUCGAGCAGGAGCUUCCAGGCCGCGUGAACCUCUCAGCGGCGCCGGCACCAGCCGUACCCACCACCCUGCACUCCAAGAUGGACGAGCUGGAGGGCCAGCUGCUGGCCAAAGUGCUGGCCCUGGAGAAGGAGCGCGCAGCCCUCAGUCGUGGGAGCCACCAGCAGCGGCAGGAGGUGGAGAAGGAGCUCAACGCCCUGCACGGCCGAGUGGCUGAGCUGGAACAUGGGUCCUCGGCCUACAGUCCCCCUGAUGCCUUCAAAAUCAGCAUUCCAAUCCGCAACAACUACAUGUACGCCCGCGUGCGCAAGGCGCUGCCCGAACUCUACGCCUUCACCGCCUGCGUGUGGCUGCGCUCCAGGUCCGGAGGCACCGGCCAGGGCACCCCCUUCUCCUACUCUGUGCCAGGGCAAGCCAAUGAGAUUGUGCUGCUGGAGGCAGGGUCUGAACCCAUGGAGCUGUUGAUCAAUGACAAGGUGGCCCAGCUGCCCCUGAGCCUGAAGGACAGCAACUGGCACCAUAUCUGCAUCGCCUGGACCACAAGGGAUGGCCUAUGGUCUGCCUACCAGGAUGGAGUGCUCCAGGGCUCCGGUGAGAACCUGGCAGCCUGGCACCCCAUCAAGCCUCACGGCAUCCUUAUCCUAGGCCAGGAGCAGGACACCCUCGGGGGCCGAUUUGAUGCCACCCAAGCUUUUGUCGGUGAUAUUGCUCAGUUUAACCUGUGGGAUCAUGCCCUGACACCUGCCCAGGUCCUGGGCAUUGCCAAUUGUACCGGACCGCUGCUGGGCAAUGUCCUCCCCUGGGAAGAUAAGCUGGUGGAGGCCUUCGGUGGUGCCACAAAGGCUUCUUUCGAUGUCUGCAAGGGGAAGGCCAAGGCAUGAGGGGCCACCUGAUCCAGGGCCUCUCUCUCGCCUGCCACUUUGAUAACCUCAAGGGGGACACUUGACCUGUCUACACACUGGCCUUCCCUCCUCCCCCACUCCUGGGUCUGUCUCCCACUUCCCCUCACCUGCACCCACGCCUCCAGAAUGUUCUGCCCUUCGAUGGGUGUUCCCUAAGCCACCUGAAUGGGGACCAGCAUCUCAAGUCAACCGGUCGAGCCUGAGGGAGUUCUAAGCUCUGCCCACCUCCUGCAUUGCACUGGAAUGGUCUCUCACCCCACCCACCCUGUUCCCCUAGUCACAUCUGAUGCCACCAAUCCCAACAGCAUUCCUGGGGCUUGUGUAUGGAGGUAGCCUUUGCCCUCAUCCUCCAUCCCCCACAUUGCAGGCCCCACCCUUCUCCUUCAGCUGCAGACAGAAGCUCAGACUGCCCCUCCCCCAUUCUCCCACUAGUUGCCCACAACAGCAGGAUCAAGAUGGAACCACCUCCCCUCCUCCCCGUUCUUCUUCCCCUCACCUCUUUCUUUGUGUCAGUGGUUUGUUGAGUCUAUGGCCUGCAGCCUCCCCGUCAGUUUCUAGGACAUUCCUUUCUCAGUUCCCACCUGGAGGACUGGGGACCAAUCAAUACCCCAGAGUUGCUAAAGGGCUGUAGUUAUCCCCUCUACCCACUCUCUGUCUGGGCUCAAGACACGACCUGGGACAGUGUAGCCUGAGUCAGGAGCAGCUAACGCAGAGACAUGUGGACCCAGGACAACUGGCCACUGGUAGAGCCGUGUUACCAACCCCUGGAGCGUGGCUCUGGGGAGGAAGGAAGAAGCCGAGCGGGAAGGCAGAGUCCGUGGUUCCUGGCCGACCCUGCAGCUACCCCGCUGAGUGGCCUUCUGUAAGUGGCUGCCCUCUCUGGCUGGGGGCUCCUCCUCUGGAGCCAAGUCCUAGUUUGCAGGGUUGCUUCUGAGAGUACUGCAGAUGGGAAGUGAGGUGAGCUGCAAUACUGAUGGGUGGGGCGGGCAAAGCCUGGAGGCCUGGAACCAGAUAGCAGGUGGCAUCAGGCAAGGGAGGGGUUGGGGUCAGCAGCUGGUGCCAAGUGUCAGAGUCGAGGGCAAAGGGCGAGGCAGACCAGACUCUCAGAUGAUAAGAGGCAUCAGCUCCCGUUCUGCCUCAGCUCGGCACCCUUGCCUAUCUGAGAGCAUCUCAAACAGCCAGUGGCUUCCUGGUCUCGGCCCUUACAGGAUCCCCCAAGAGAGCAGAAAAAGCUAAGCAAAGUUAUCGGGUCUAACUUGUUGCUUGUGAGAGAUGGGGAGGAGCGGAGAGAAGGCAGAGUAACACACGUGGGCUCUCCCAGCACAGAGAGGCAGAGCCAGGGGUACAGCCCAGAGCUCUGACUCCCUCACCAGGCCACUUCCUUGCAUGCCAUCCUGUCUGCUCUUGGGCAGGGGUCACUUGCAAGAGUACAGUACCUUCCAAUAGGACACCUUUAAGUAACACCCAAACACCUUGGCGCACCCCCAGGAGUGAAGGAAGGCACCCAACAGAUGGAAAAGUUGAGGACACUGGUGUCCCUUCCCUGGCCAGUCCCUUUUCAAGCAUCUGCGCGGUGGUAGCUAAUUGACUCAAAUGGGCACUGGUGCCUCUUGGCCCCCCCUGCCUCUGCUCCCCACAGCCACUCGGCCUGAAAUGACACAGGAGCCACGGGCUCUGGGGCCAGCGCUAGGGAAGUGUGUCCAAGGCUUGUGGCCUCCAGCCUCCAGAUCCCUGUUUCCAUUUUGAGAGCCAAUAGAUGGUCUGGCGCCUCUGUCCCAGUCCCCUAAAGAGAGUCACAGAGACAUCUGCCCAACCUGCUGAGAUCCAGGUUGCUCAGUAACAGCCAAUGACAUCAGCCCAGUGCUGGGUCAAGUGUCUGUUAUGAGGAUGCGGUGAUGUUGGUUGCUGGGUGACAGCUGUAUUCAGAGCUUGGACUAGGGAAUGCUGAGCCUCAUCAGGUCCUUGCUCAUUUGAGAAGAAAUAGCUUUAGUGGAGGCCUUGGGAGGACAGGGUCUUAGGAGGGAGGUGACAAAAUCUGCCCAGCCACCUGAGCCCCCCCGCCCCAGACACAUCAUCCCAAAUCCUUUAUGCUAUCACCAUGGUGAGGAGAUGUCUGAUGUCUGAGCCUCGGUCUCAUGCCACGUCACCUGGGUCAGCCCUCCCCUCCCCUCCCCUGCCAUGGAACAUAUUCGAAACACUGGGGUGUGGUUCUGAGUGUGGCUCACUGGAGAAGGGCCCAGCUGUCCACUUCAAAAGUCCCCUCACCUCAUUUAUUGUUCUAUGAACACUCACCGAGUGCCGGGAAGCUGGCUUCGAGCACGUCCAGGAAGCAGCUUGGGAGGAACAUAAUGCUGGGUGGUGGCCUUGAGAUACCCUGUCUCUGACAAGGAUGGAGUCAUGUUCUUUAGUCCCCUUCAGCCAUUAGCUGCAUGAAGCACUUUGUGGGCGCACCUCGUUUAUCUGCAUAGUAUAGUUCUGAGUCAGGACUGUCAUUAGCCCAGGACGUAAGAGAGAAAAGGGGCUCAGAGAAGUGAGGCAACCCACCGCUACCCUAGCCAGCCAGGGACAAAGUGCAGUUUCCAUCCACAGGCCACCCUCACCCUAAGGGAAAAGACCCCUGACUCUGUCAUUGGAUUGAGCCAUGCCGGGCCUGUCCCAAGGGCUGUGCCAGCCCCAGAGCGAAAGAGGAACAGAGGCACAGGAUGGGGGCUGCAGGAGGGUCUCCCACCUGAGCCCCAGCAUCUACCUUCUCUAGUUUCCAGGAGAGCUGAGGAGAAUCCAGGAGCCCCCACCCCCACCCCCAAACAGGCUAGGUGAGAAUAACUCUUCCUCCGGCCCCUGCUCUGGGCAAGCCCUAUGCUAGGUGCUUCACAGCUGUCGUCUGCCAGAUUCCCUGCCUUUGUGGCAUGUGGAGACCCCUCCCGUGUCCCAAUGGAACCCCCUCCCACCAUGGUCAUGCACAAGCGGGGACAGACCUGGGCCCUGGCUUUGCAGCUGAGGAAGCUGCAGCCCAGCCAGACAGGUCAAGUGACCCUUGAGGUCCCUCCCUCCCGCAACAUGUCCUUCCUACAUGACCCAGCACCCUUGGCUGGAGAAGGGGCCCCUCCUGGAGAUGAGACUGCUCAACUCACCCCUUGACUCCAGCUGCCUGUCACCCCAGACCUCACCUCCCACUCCGGCCCCUGUCCCUUCUGGGGAUGAGGAAGGGGUCUUUUAUGGCCCGAGCUGAGCAGUCAGCGAGCAUGUGAAGUUGUCAGACACUGUGAAAUUAGUGCUCCCUUACUGACCACCCCUCCUUUUCCUUUCCUCCCCCCACCCCAACUUUUGUACAUAAAGUGACAUUCGCUGCAAUGUGUGUGUAUGUGUGAGCGUGCGUGGCCUGUGUCAUGGGUUUUGUUAUCUUUUUUUUUUUUUUCUUUUUGUACAUUUGAAUGUUCAGAAUAAACACGUGGUUUACUCA